CCUCCCGUCAAAUUGCGGUCGAUUCAUGGCGGGGUAAAAAAAGAGUCCCAAUACUCUCUCUAGAACAUGCGCAACCUCAAAAACGUGCGCCUCGCCGAGGUGCAGCUCCAGAAUGAGCUUCCGCUAACUGCGACGGCCUGGGAUACCGCCUGUGAUGCUGUCAUUUGCACCUUUGGUCCGACACAAGCCAAUCCGGUCAUUGAAUUGAGAAGAAAGCGCCAGGAUGCCUAUUUUUCGGACCCGGUGGCGGCCGAUGCCUUUGAAUGUAUCGCAUCCUGGGAUGCGCCCUGUCCUUUGCCGGACCUGCCCUGUGAUCGCGUUCUUUCGCUGCACUACUUUGCCGACAAUCUCACAGCCUGCCUGGUCCUCGAGGGAGGUGACAUCGUCAUCGUGCGCGAAGAACCGCUGCCCGGCGAGGACAAGAUCGAGAUUGUGGGCUCGGUCGAUGUGGGUAUCACGGCGGCAGCUUGGUCGCCAGACGAGGAGCUGCUGGCUCUUACCACUCGCGCUGACACAUUCCUGUACAUGACGAGGGAGUUUGAGAACGUGGCCGACAUCACUUUGACACCCGAGAAUCUGCAACAGUCCCAGCACGUGUCGGUGGGCUGGGGUAAGCGGGAGACGCAGUUCCAGGGCAAGAGGGCGAAGGCUCUGCGGGAUCCGACCGUCCCCGAGAAGGUCGACGAAGGGAAACUAAGCAGCAACGAUGAUGGACGGACCUCCAUCAGCUGGCGCGGGGAUGGCGCCUACGUUGCGGUGAACCGAGUUGAGUUCGGGAUCCGUCGUGCUAUCCGAGUUUAUUCGCGAGAGGGUACUUUGGACAGCGUCAGCGAACCCGUCGAUGGCUUGGAGGGGGCUCUGAGUUGGAGGCCCUAUGGAAAUCUCAUUGCGAGCAUUCAGCGACUCGAGGAUAAAAUUGACGUUGUGUUCUUCGAAAGAAACGGUCUGCGUCAUGGCGAAUUCACCCUGCGACUGACCGAGAAGGAACGAUCGUCAUGGGCGUCAAACAUUCAUCUCAGCUGGAACGUCGACUCGACGGUGCUCGCCGUUCAGUUCCAGGAUAAGAUCCAGUUCUGGACGAUGGGCAAUUACCAUUACUAUCUCAAGCAAGAGGUCCCCGUGGCAGUAAACCCUGAAUCUGCUCAUGCUUUUGCUUUCAAAUGGCACCAGGAGAAGGCUUUGCGCUUUGUCGCCGGCGCCUCAGACUCAAUACUCGACGUCGAGUUUGUUUUCGACGUUGCUCAUAGCUCGACGGUUGCUCCGGGUGAUGUCGGCGCCGUGGCUGUGAUUGAUGGAAAAAUCUUGAAAUUGACCCCAUUGAGAUUGUCGGGGGUGCCGCCUCCUUUGGCUCACAAUGAAGUCGCCCUAGACUCGAAUGUCAUCGAUGUGGCGUUUAGCAAAUCGACAACUCGAAUGGCCGUUCUCACAGAAGACAGCUUCUCUAUCUAUCUUUGGUCCUUCAAGACUAGACCCGUGGCCACUCCUAUACUUGAAUCGAGCUAUCCCUUGUCGAACACGCCCAACAGCCGACCCCGACAAAUCGCCUUCGUCAAUGAGACUGAGGUUUACAUUCUCAAAAGCAGCGGGCCCAAUAGUACCGAUAUUGAGCGAACGGCAUUGGAGACUCGAGCCACCAGUGUCGUGUAUCAAGCGGCCGAUUGGGAGCAAGUUGUUUCAAUCCUGCCUUCUCUGAGUCAAGAGGCGUUAUGGUUCUCACACGUUAAUAAACCUGGCCAACCAAUUUCUUACUCCUACAUCAACACCAUCUCCCCGGACGAGGUUGAUAUUGUCCCCUUUGCCUCAAGCCCCGCUGCCGAUACCUACUGGGCUAAAGCUGCUCAAAUAUCCGAAGACGAGCAUGUCCUGGUUUCUCUGACGAAAACCGGUGCUCUCUAUGCGAAUCAAACACUGCUCGCGAAGAACUGCACUUCAUUCAUGGCAACCCAGGCCCACAUCUUGUUUACCACCUCUCAACACCUUCUAAAAUUCGUUCAUCUGACCAGACCCGAAGCCAUGGAUGUGCCUCUCGAUACCCCCGAGUUAGACGAAAGAUGCAGAAGCAUCGAGCGUGGCGGGCGUUUGGUGAGCGUCAUUCCCACCACGUUUGCAGUUGUCUUGCAAAUGCCUCGGGGUAAUAUCGAGACCAUCUAUCCUCGCGCCUUGGUUCUCGCCGGCAUCCGAAACUUCAUCGAUAGAAAGGACUACAGGAAUGCAUUCCUGAGCUGCCGUAGCCAGAUGGUGGACAUGAACAUUAUUCAUGACUAUGCUCCCGGGCAGUUCAUGGAGAACAUCCCGCUAUUCAUUGACCAGGUUAAGCGGAUCGAUUUCAUCGAUGAAUUUAUCUCGCGUCUGAGCGAGGAGGACGUCUCCCAAACCCUCUACAAGGAUACUCUCCAGAAGAAGGCUGAAGAGGCAGCAAUUGCCAGCAUUCCUACCAAGGAAAGCAAAGUAAAUCGCAUUUGUGAUGCAUUCUUGGCCACCCUGGAGAAGCGAUUAGACACCAACUUGCACAACCUCAUCACUGCUCACGUCUGCAAGUCGCCACCAGCCCUUGAGGCUGGACUUCAAUUGGUUGCACGGUUGAGAGAGGAAGCAUCUGAUCAAGCGGACGAUGCAAUUGAGCACAUGUGCUUCCUGACUGAUGCUAACCGCCUGUACGAUCAUGCGCUGGGACUUUACGAUCUUGAGCUCACGCUGUUGGUUGCCCAACAAGCUCAAAGGGAUCCCCGAGAAUAUGUUCCAUUCCUACGAAAACUCCAAGAGGCCCCCGAAACCCGACGCCAUUUCGAAAUAGACAAUUAUCUUGGACGGUACACCAAGGCUAUCAAACAUCUCCACACGCUCAACGCCCACGACGAGCUUCGGGCAUACGCAGUCAAGCACGUUCUAUACAAGAAUGCCAUCGAUCUCUACAAGUACCAGCCUGAACAGCUGCACGAUAUCACCCACGCCUAUGCCGAUUACCUCUACGAUGAAUCCAAGUACAAGGAAGCAGGCAUCGCGUACGAAUCCCUUUCCAUAUUCACCGACGCAUACAAAUCCUACCACCUGGCGCAUCUCUGGCGAGAGUCUCUGUACUGCGCCAUGAUGGUCCCUCUCUCCGAGUCGGAGCUGCACGAACACGCCGUCACGCUCGCCACCUCCCUGACCGAGGAAAGCCGCGACUACGUUUCGGCCGCACACAUCCACGCCGAGCACCUGCACGACCUUCCGGCCGCCGCCCGACUCCUCUGCCGGGGCUCACGCUUCGCCGACGCCACCCGGCUGCUGGCCUUGAACGGCCAGCAGGCCCUCAUCCCCGACAUCGUCGACGCGGGGCUCGCCGACGCCAUGGGCUCGAUGACCGAUCUCCUGGCCGACUUCCGCGCCCAGCUGAACGCCCAGGUGCCGCGCAUCCGGGAGCUGCGCGUGCGCCGCAUCACCGAUCCGCUGGCCUACUUCGGCGGCGACCCCACGACCGGCGAGCUGGGCGUCGACAUCCCCGACAACGUGUCCCUGGCCCCGACGGACGCGUCCACCCUCGCCGGCCGCAGCAUGUUCACGCGGUACACCGGGCAGACCGGCAAGACGGGCAAGACCAGCUCGUCACGGCAGUCGUCGAAGAACCGGCGCCGCGAGGAGCGCAAGCGCGCGCGCGGCAAGAAGGGCACCGUCUACGAGGAGGAGUACCUGGUGAACAGCGUGCGCCGGCUGAUCGAGCGCGCAAAUACGACCGUGCCGGAGGUCGAGACGCUGGUGGAUGCGCUGCUGCGUCGGAACAUGCGCGAGCGCGCCGCCGCUGUCGAGAAAACCAUGCAGGAGGUCAUCAAGCUGUGUGUUGAGAGCCGCGAGGAGAUCGUUGGUGCCGCCGCCGUCGAGGCUCCCCGGGUGCCUGCGCUGCAGCCCGAGGACCAGGAGGAAGGACAUGAGUUCGCGACCCCCGUGGCGGCGGACAACAGCCUUGCGUCGCAGAAUCUGCAAAUACCGACGGUCAAAACGAUGAAGCCGUCGGCGUUGUUGAAUUGAAGUGCAUCGACCAACACAUCGAAACAUGAAAUAACGACAAAAAGGUAAGGGGAGAAGGGGGCUUCGUGUGGACCGGAUGGUUUCUUCUUUCCACAGAUCUGGUUUAGAACAGGUUUCAGGCAUAUCAAAAGUCGGCGAGUGAUCUUCCUCAUGGUUUCCCCGGGGAUUGACUCCCGUCGAUUCCAUAUAGACAAAAAUUAAAUUAAAUCAAUCU